GCACUUUGAAGGAAAUCCAAGGAAGUGUAUAAAAUGGCCGCCUUUGAUCGAUAACAGAACUGUGUUUUCUAUAGAUAAUUUGUGUGUUUUGCUUGGAAAAAAUCAGUGAAAACGUGCGAAAAACUCCGAGUGCGAUGUGUGCCAUCCAACUGUUCGGUUCGGGCUGCGGCCAGUGACCGUUGUUGCCAAACAGCGUGUAAAUAAUGUGUUUAUGUAGAGAUUCGAGGAAUAUGUGAAGUGGCGCCGUCUUGGAAACAGAGGCAGGCGAAAUGGCACAAACCCAAGGCGAGAUCAGGGUGGGUCCCGGCAACCAGGUAAAAGAUAUUUAUGCGAGGUUGCCAGAUUACAGGCCGGGAAUCGCUCCCGAGCAACUUUCUCCUGAUCCAGAAGACACUCACAUCCGCGAGGAACUGAGAUGGAUACCAGGAAUGACAAUGGAUUCCGAUCUGCUGAUGUACCUUCGGGCCGCCCGAAGCAUGGCAGCAUUUGCCGGGAUGUGCGACGGUGGGUGUCCAGAAGAUGGCGCUAACGCCGCCUCUAGGGACGACACCACUAUCAACGCUCUCGACGUGUUGCACGAUUCCGGUUACGAUCCAGGCCGAGCCCUGCAAGCCUUGGUCAAGUGUCCGGUCCCGAAAGGCAUCGACAAGAAGUGGAGCGAAGAGGAGACCAAGCGAUUCGUCAAAGGCCUGAGACAGUUCGGCAAGAACUUCUUCCGGAUCCGCAAGGAUCUGCUUCCGCAUAGAGACACGCCGGAGGUGGUCGAGUUCUACUAUCUGUGGAAAAAGACGCCGGGCGCGAACAACAACCGCCCGCACCGCCGACGCCGCCAGGGAUCGUUGCGACGCAUCCGAAACACCAGGAAUAGUAGAGGAGGUACGACGGCGGCAGGCCGCACGAGCGGAACGGCAACACCCGCCCCCGAAGCCACCGAAAAUCGACCCUCUCCGCACCCUUGCGAAAAGAAGCCCGACGAAACGAGCUCGGUAACAGAGGACGAUAACGAGAGUGAGGAGGACAGCGACAGCCGCGAUGCCCACUAUAGGUGUUCGCACUGUUUCACCACAAGCUCCAAAGACUGGCAAGCUGGAGGCAAAGACAAGCAGAUGUUGUGUUGGGACUGUCGCGCCUACUUGCGCAAAACCAACGAGCUUCCUCCAUUGACUGCGCCGGCAGCCACCGCAACCACACCACCUGCAGAGGGCCCCGACCAGAGUCCACAGCGGAUGCGCACUCGCAACAAGGGCAGCAAAGAACCGGCCAGCAAUCGGGCCCGAGGCAAGCGAGAAACGCCAGAACCGAAAACGCCCGUAAAACAGAGCGGAUACGCAGCCAAUGACAAGUUGGGUGCCUCCAGUAACGGGCCGAGUACUCCGGGCAAGAAAAAGGGCAAAAAUGACACGGCGAGCAAAAGCCGGAAAAGAACACAGGAUAAACUGGAGGAGAUCGACCAGGACGACAAGGAUGCCGGCUGCAUUUUCAAGAAAAAGCGGGACAGAGCUGAUAGCCCAGCCAGCAUCACCUCCGAUUCGGGCUCAGUUAACGAAGACGUUGAUCAUCCGGACACCAGCCAGGACAACAGCAACAGUGCUGACCUUAGCACGGGUGCGGCAGCGCCUCUAGCCCCGGUUGCUGGCGUUAGCACGAUCGUCAGCUCGAGCACUAGCAACCCCAUCCAGGAGCCAACCAGUGCAAAGUCCGCAGUUAAACCGGAGGAGUCCGACGCUAAAGCAACCGCGCCGAUCAUCGCCCCUUCUAUCCCAGUGAUCACAUCCGGCAAGCUGCAAGUGGCAGCUUUAGCAGAGCCGAUGCCCCUCAAUGUGUCUAUUCGCCUCCCAGAGGACAUCAACGAAAGGAAAAACCUCAUCAAACGGAAUCUGGAGGCAGCCCUUGAUAUAAAGGACACGCUCAAGUUCAAUCCGGCUGGACUGCAGUUCGCGCAGCAUCAAGAAAUGAAAAAAGAUCCGCCGCCCAUCAAAGAGGAAUUAAUGCAGCCCAAGAAGGAGGAGUUUCAAGAGGAGCUCAAAGAGCCGCAGGCGAUUCAUUCGCCGCCCCUCCAUCUUGCGCCGGCAUUCGACCAAAAACCCGCUUUCAAACCGGAGUUGGUCGUUCCUAAGGUGGAGAAGCCCAUUAUCAAGGAAGAGCUUGAUUCCAGCAACGAUGCUUCCCUGCUGAGCAUCAGCUCAAAAGAAGAUUCAAGCAGCCAGCCCUCAUCUCAUAGUGUGGGCAACUACAAGGACAACUCGAUGUAUUUGCACUCGAACAUUAGCUUGAAGGAGAGCAUCAGCUUUGGAAUGAAGGAUCCUCCUUUGAUCAAUCACCUGCAGCCGAAUCACGCGAUGAAUCUCAAGGAAAACAAAGAGCCGAUUGUAAAUAUGAACCACUCGAGCUACAUGAAGGGCGGUGGUCCGCAGGACCAGCCGCCUUUCUACCAAGGCAGAGAGCCUCCAAGAGAGCAGCCGAGCAAUUCAGACAGUGCAGUAAUAAAGAUGGAGCCUCGAGAGGAACCAAUCGAAUUGACGAGUCAGAGUCGCAGCGAGCCGUCGCCGUUUGUAGGCAUGCAACCUCUUAAUAUUGCCCAAAGUGUUGCCAUGUCGCAACAUCUACCUCCCUCGGUUCAAUCUUCUCGAUCCAAUGAGGAUGAGAAGUCUCGACAGGAGAAACUUGAGCGGCCUGAACGUAUAGACCGGCCAGAUCUGCCUCUUCCCAGCUCAGUGGUCUCAAUAGGGCAGCCUCCGUUGCCUAUGCAAUCUGGCAACUUGGUCACGAUUGGAGGCUCUCAGCCUCCACCUUCGAUUGGUCAUUAUGGCUUCAUGCCACCCUACGGGCGACCUCACUCCCCUAGAAGUGUCGACAAGCCUCUUCAGACCCAGCACUUGCAACAGCAACAGAGCGAGCCUCAAAAUUUAAAAAUCAAGCAGGAGGUGCAGGACCCGCCAACAUCGCAUUCUGCAUCAGCGGGUUUUGCGAGCAAUUACAACUCGUGCCCUCCCAACCUGCCACCGGCAUCUCAUGGACUAUCCUCAUCUUCCGGGUUUGUUCAACCGCCGCCCUCUCAUAUUACUGAUCCGCUCCAGGGCUUGAAAGAAGUCAAGGUUCCUGGCUAUUUGCCGCCGCCGCCGCAUGCACUACCAGCACCCGAUCGAGGCGUUUCUGAGCGCCCCCCUUCAGGGCCAAACAUGGACGCUAUUAAGAAGGAGCAGCUAGACUUUGGGGCGUCGGUUAGUAGCCGAGCCAGUCCCGCUCAAUCGGGCGGCAGCGAAAAGUGCUUGACGCCCAAAACCAGUAGCACUCCAACCCCUCAGGUAGAAGAAGAAGGUCUUAAUACUUCUUUGCCUAAGUGUAAUGAGUGGUGGCGGCAGGUGGUCUCGCAGACGCCUCCAUUGCGGCAGCCGAACUCUUCACCCCAUUCGGCCAUUAAUCUCAUCAGUCCCGGAAGCAGUACGGGGAGUAUAGGGGGAAGCGGGACACCGUCCUCCCACCCUUCAGUGUCUUUGCCAGCGUCGCACCCGGCGCAGCCGCAUGCGUCCUACCCCAGUCCCAUGCCGCCCCCUCAUUUGAUGCAUCCCUCCUUUAUGCACUUUCACGGCCAUCCGGGUUAUCCGGCUUACCCGUUCGGUGCGUACCCCUAUCCGUACGCGGUCCCGCAGCCCCACGCCAUUCCGCCACCUACUUCCCGGGUGGAAAUGAGUGGGCCCCCGAAAAGCAUCGACACCGUCAGCGCCACCGUGAUGUCUUCACAGCACAGCACUAGUAACACUCUAACCACCAAGCGGGAGACCAGGGAGGCGGACGAACGUGGCGGCGAACGCCACCAGAGCCACGAGAUGACACUGACGCACCAUCAGAGCACCUCGCACAACAGCUCGAUCCACGCCAGUGUAGAGAAGCAAUAUGGAGGCGGCAGUCACAGCAGCAUUACAAUUUCGCACAGCACUAGCACUAGUUCUAGUCACCAGGUGCAGCACAAGGUGAACCAGAAAACGCUGCCGCCUAGAUCGGUGUCGCCGGGUGGCCACCAGCAGCAAACGACCAUCCAGCAGAGCAGCUCAUCUUCGACGACGACGAGCGGCAACCAGCAGCAUACUCACCACCACACGCACACCCACCAUGACAGAAUGUCGCCGCAACUGCUGCGCCUGAAGUCUGGAGUGCCCGCACCGCAGGCCAAUGCGCAUCACUUGAUGAUCCAGCCGCCCAAUAUGGGACACCAUCCCUCUGGUCUAGGGCCUCCCUCGAUGACGGGCAGUUCUCUAGAUGCGCUUAGAGCGCACGCAGCUCAGGCUGCAGCCAACAUGCAACAGCAGCAGGAUUUUAUGGUUUCCAACUAUUUCAAUGGUUCAUUUAUGCUGCAGCAGCAGCAACAGCAGCAGCAGCAACAACAACAACAAUGCUCAAUGCACCCUCCAAGCACAUCGCCGAUGAAUGCGCCGCCCAAAAGUAUCACGGAUGAGCUAGUUAAGAUCGAGCCGGACCACGAAGGCUCCCCAGAAGACGACAGCCGAAACAGCCCGGUCGCACCGCCAAGCCAUGCUGGAAUGUUAGAAUGCAGAGAGCCGGAAAGGGUGCCGUCGCCAGAGCCGCGAAUCGAAGAUGCAGAGUGUCACCGCAGCCAAUCAGCGAUCUUCAUCAGGCAUUGGAACCGCGGAGACCACAAUUCAUGUGCGCGCACAGACUUGGCCUUUAAGGCCGUGCCGGACUCAAAGUUGGCUAGAAAGCGAGAGGAAAGAUUACGCAAACAGGCAGAGAGGGAGCGGGAGGAGCGAGAACGGGCCCAACAGGCGCAAGCCCGCAAAAUCCAAACGCCCGACAAGCCCGAUGUCAAGCCGCCUUCCAGCGCGUGUUUCAGGGGCCCAAUGGAAAGUAUGUCAGGACCCUACGAACGGUUUCCCCGCCCGGGCUUCACCGAUACGCCAGCGUUGCGACAACUCUCCGAGUACGCCAGACCGCAUGCCGGAUUUAGUCCUGGACACAUGCCCAGGUUCUAUAGAUCAUUGUUACCGCCCACCGUUAUGGAUCCCAUGCUUCAGUAUCAACUGAAUAGCAUGUAUGGGCCGGGGGCUCGCGAGAGGUUAGAGCUGGAGCACCUGGAGCGGGAGAAGAGGGAGCGUGAAAUUCGAGAGCUGCGCGAGCGCGAGCUGAAUGAUCGACUGAAGGAGGAGAUCAUGAAAUCGGGAAUGCGCCCGCCCAACACCAUGGACCCCCAUUGGUUGGAGAUCCAAAGACGGUACGCAGCCGCCGGUUUGGCCGGCCCACCGGGUGGCCCGCCGGGCCUAAUGCCCCACCACUUCGCCAUGUACCCUGGAGGGGGAAGUGCGGCGCAACUCAGCCAAUUGGAGCGAGAACGGCUGGAGAGACUGGGAAUUCCCCCGCCGGGGGGUCCUGGACCAGGCGGCCCCCCUGGGCAUCCCCACCAUCCAGCACAUGCUGCCGCCCAGCUCGAAGCAGCUGAGCGCCUGGCUUUGGCCACAGAUCCCAUGUUGAAGGUACGGCUGCAAAUGGCAGGCAUUUCCCCCGAGUACCAUGCGCAUACCCAUGCCCACACUCACGCCCACACACACCUGCACCUCCACCCGCAGCAACAGCAAGCGCAGCAAGAAGCCGCCGCGGCUGCUGCGGCAGGUUUUCCGUUGCCAGCUUCUGGCACAUCGGGGUACCCCCGACCUGGCAUGAUACCGGGCCGCGACGGGCCUUUAGGCCUGCAUCAUCCCGAUCUCCUGGGUAGGCCAUACGCCGACCAACUGGCUCAUCAGGCUGCCGCUCACGAGCAACUACAAAGGCAAAUGCUGCUGGAACGAGAUCGGUUUCCGCCGCAUCCCUCAAUCGUUGCCCAGCACGAAGAGUAUCUCAGGCAACAGCGCGAACGCGAACUUAAGGUGCGGGCUCUAGAAGAGGCGGCACGCGGAUCCCGAAACUAAAGGGUCUUAGACUAAUGAGCCAAAGUUACGCCAUCAUGCAGCAGCGCCACUGACUGGCCGCGGACCACGGAACCGACCCGCCCUCGCAUCUCUUAAGAGGGGAACGCUCCCAUCAGCUACGCUCCCAUCAGCUACGCUCCCAUCAGCUGAACGCAUUAAUAUCGAUCAUUACAUGAUAAUCUACAUAGAAGUUUACUUUUUUAAACUAUAUUUUGCAAACGAACGAUACAGUCAAGAGAGUUUUUGUAUGACGCUGUGGUUGUUAGACUUGACCGUAACUUAUUAAAGUUUAGUAUUUAUA